AAAUAAAGCGUUUAGGGCUGACGUGGCUAGACGUACCGAUGUACUAGGGGUGCUGUCGUCGAGUCAUGAAGAGCACUUACGCGGCGUAUUAAUCAUGAAACGAUUUGGAUAUGCGUUUGUGCUACUAUUCAUCUGUUUCAGGCCUACUGAAAGUGAUGAGCAUGAUCACAAGUACCAAGACAAUGAAGAAGUGGUGCUGUGGAUGAACACAGUGGGACCUUACCACAACCGACAAGAGACGUACACUUAUUUGUCGUUGCCUUUCUGUGUUGGCCCAAAAGCCUCCAUCAGUCAUUACCAUGAAACCUUGGGAGAGGCACUCCUGGGAGUUGAACUUGAAUUUAGUGGCCUCGACAUACUUUUCAAAGCACCUGUAGCCAAGACUACCUACUGUGACAUCACCCUGGAUAGUGCAAAACUACAAGCAUUCAUAUACGCUGUAAAAAAUCACUACUGGUAUCAAAUGUAUAUUGAUGGGCUGCCUAUCUGGGGCAUUGUUGGUGAGCAUGAUGAGUCUGACAACAGCUAUUACCUUUGGACACACAAGAAGUUUGAAAUUGGCUACAAUGGAAACAGGAUAGUUGAUGUGAACUUGACCAGCGAAGUAAAAACAAAACUUGUUUUAAACCAGAAGAUAUUUCUUACAUAUGAGGUCAUCUGGAAACCAUCAACUGUUCGGUUUGAAGAAAGGUUUGACAAGUACCUAGACCCAAGUUUCUUCCAGCACAGGAUCCAUUGGUUCUCAAUCUUCAACUCUUUUAUGAUGGUAAUCUUCCUGGUGGGUUUGGUGAGCAUGAUCCUGAUGCGCACCCUACGCAAGGACUACGCCCGCUACAGCAAGGACGAGGAGAUGGAUGACAUGGUGGGCAAUGAGUGGCAAAUCGUGCAAGUGGAGCGAGAUCUUGGCGAUGAAUAUGGCUGGAAGCAGGUACAUGGUGAUGUGUUCCGGCCACCUACACAUACGCUGUUGUUCUCUGCCCUGGUUGGAACAGGCCACCAAGUUGCUCUGGUGGUUCUCUGUGUAAUACUUUUUGCCAUCAUGGGAGAACUUUACACUGAGAGAGGAUCCCUUUUAAGCACAGCAAUAUUUGUUUAUGCUGCUACAUCCCCCAUCAAUGGCUAUUUUGGAGGCAGCUUGUACGGUCGUAUGGGAGGUAAACAGUGGAUCAAGCAAAUGCUUGCGAGUGCAUUUCUGCUGCCUGCUUUGGUGUGUGGAACUGCAUUUGUGAUCAACUUCAUUGCCAUCUAUUAUCAUGCCUCCAGAGCCAUCCCUUUUGGAACUAUGGUGGCAGUGACAUGUAUCUGCCUGUUCAUCAUCUUGCCACUGACACUGGUUGGUACGGUGCUGGGGCGUAAUCUGGCCGGGCAGCCCAACUACCCAUGUCGCAUCAAUGCUGUGCCUCGGCCAAUUCCAGAGAAGAAGUGGUUUAUGGAGCCUUCAGUCAUUGUUGUUCUGGGAGGCAUCCUACCAUUCGGUUCAAUCUUUAUUGAGAUGUACUUCAUCUUCACAUCCUUCUGGGCCUACAAAAUCUACUAUGUGUAUGGCUUCAUGCUGUUGGUGUUCCUAAUCCUGACCAUUGUGACCAUUUGUGUAACCAUAGUCUGCACAUACUUCCUUUUGAAUGCUGAAGACUACAGAUGGCAGUGGACAAGUUUUCUGGCUGGUGCUUCCACUGCAGGCUAUGUCUAUCUGUACUCGUUCUAUUAUUAUUUCUUUAAAACAAAGAUGUAUGGCUUGUUUCAGACUGUAUUUUAUUUUGGUUACAUGGCUCUGUUCAGCUUUGCCCUUGGAGUGUUGUGUGGCACCUUUGGCUUCAUUGGGACUAGUGCAUUUGUGCGAAAGAUCUAUUCAACAGUCAAGAUUGACUGAGGAGAGGACCUGGCCUUGGUUUUUCUCUUUCUAGUUCAGAGACUGGUGCCUGAAAGUGUGUGCAUGUGUGUCUUUGUAAACUUUCAUCACUGUCAAUUAGGAGGAGAAUCACAUGGUUUUUUUUUUUCUAUGAAAUGUGUUUGUUACCACACUCGCUUCCAUUUUCUUUGUGCAAAAACUUGGCUUUAAAAAAGUAUGGGAAAUAAAUCAGUACUAGAAUUCUGUUUAGAACGGGAUGUUCUAAGUAAAGAAUGUAGACCACUCUUUUAUGAAUCGCUUAAAAAUUUUUCUCCCUUCCUGCUGUAGGUGUUGGAAGUUCCAAUAAUUUGACACUGAUAAUCAUGUAUUUAUAUGCACAAUUUGUGUUAGCUUAUUUUCUGGCGCAGUCAUCUCUGUUUGCUUUGGGGGUGUUGUCAUCUGUGUGUGAGAAAAAGGCUCUUUUUAGUGUUGGAGAUGCCUGGGGUGUGUGUUUGAUUUAUUGUGGAACUUGUGAUUUUGAUUUUCUCAUGUGUGAGGGCUUUGUUGGAAAGAGUACCUCACAUAGUGGUUCCUUGUACAUAUGUAUGUAUUGGGGUUUGCUUGCAUCAUAUUGAUGGGGCACUGAAGAUGGACAAGCAAGCGUGUUCUUGCAUACUGCACAAGUUCUGGAUGUGUUGUUUUCUUUGUGCCCUGGUGCCCCACCCCCCUUUCUUUUUACAUAGUUUCCUGUACAUAUUGUAGCCAUCAGCCUGAACGAUAAACAGGACGUAUGUGAGAUGUUAGUUGUUCUAGCACAAAUUAAACAAGCUGUUUGAGAUGCUUUGCACUUGAUCAGACACCAGAAGCCAGUCAAUGUGGCAGUCGUACCACCAGCGAUCUUAUCAUUGUGAGAAUGUAUGACAUCAUGAAGUUAAGAAAUUUUAGGUUUUGUAGUGUGUGAAGAAAUAUUAAUAUUUUUCCAGCUAAUUUUUUAAGUGUCAUAUGAAAAAUUGGGUUCUUGCAUUGUGGCAUUGUAGUUGGUGUCACCAUAUUCUACAAGUUCUUUGGUCUGCUAUGAAAUUGCCUGCUCUUGAACAGCCAGAUUUUACUGUGUAUACAGAUAUUUGUUUUACUUAUAGCCCAAAAUAUUAAAUUUCAGACUCGUGGAGGGUUGCAAUUUUCCUUCCCGUGUGAAUUACAAGCAGAUCUUGCAGAAUUCAGCUGGAUCAUUUGCCCUUUGAAUAAAUUAUAAAUAUUCUUGACUGCAA